CAGGCAAGCGACAGUCACAGGUUGCCACCUCCCUCUGACCCCAAGGUCCCUCCCCCAGGUGGUGGAGCCCAGACCACAGUUCCCGGGGGCCUCUUCCUGGGACAGGUGAGCUGCUCAAGGGUGUGCAGGGCCCCUCCUCCCCGGCACCUCCCAGAUGGGCAGCGGGACGCUUCAAAGCUGCGUGUGCCCAGGCUCUGAGCUGCUCUAGGUCUGCAGACUGGCUGGGCAUGGCAGCAGACAUGGCCCGGUCGCUGACCUUUCUCCUCAAUGUCCCCGAGACCCCAGAGGACCAGGGCCCAGAGCCCAGCCCCUAUGAUGAGAGCGAAAUGCAUGACUCCUUCCACCAGCUCAUCCAGGAGCAGAGCCUGUGGGCGGCUGAGGAGGGGCUGGAGCUGCAGCAGCUGGGAUCGGGGGCCUCAGGCAGUGACCACCAGGCCCUCCUGGGGCCCGAGGGGACCCUGGCCCACAGCUCGGCCACGCUCCGAAUCUUGGCCAGCAUGCCCAGUCGCACUAUUGGCCGCAGCCGAGGUGCCAUCAUCUCCCAGUACUACAACCGCACGGUUAGGCUACGCCGCAGAACCAGCCGGCCUCAGCUCGGGCACCUGGGGCGCUCGGCCCGGCCCAGCCUUCGCCUGUACGACCUGGAGCUGGACUCCACGGCCCUUGAGGAGGAGGAGAAGCGGGUCCUCCUGGUCAAGGAGCUCCAGGGCCUGACGGUGGCGCAGCGGGACCACAUGCUCCGGGCGAUGCCCCUCAGCCUGGCCGAGAAACGCUGCCUGCGAGAGGAGACCCGGACCCCGAGGGGCCGGCAGGGCCGUCGUGGGCUCCCGUCCUGCUGUAACCGUUUUCGAUAUGCCUGUGUCCUGGCCUUGCAUGACCUGGGGCUGGGGCUGCUGUCUGUGCUGCAAGUCCUGACGCCUUGGCGCUACGCCCUGAAGCAGAUCGGGGGCCAGUUCGGCUCCAGCGUCCUCUCCUACUUCCUCUUCCUCAAGACCCUGCUGGCUUUCAAUGCGCUCCUGCUGUUGCCUCUGCUGGCCUUCAUCGUGGGCGUGCAGGCUGCCUUUCCGCCCCCGCCCCUGGGCCCUGUGCCCAACUUCACCGGCCUGGAGCUGCUCACAGGCGCGGGCCGCUUCACCGACACCGUCAUGUACUAUGGCUACUACAGUAAUGCCACACUGAACCAGCUGUGCGCCGCUCCGCUGGACGGCGGCCAGUGCACCCCUGAGGCCAGCAGCCUGCCCUACAACAUGCCCCUGGCCUACCUUUUCACUGUGGGCGUGGCCUUCUUUGUCACCUGCAUCACCCUGGUGUACAGCAUGUCCCAUUCCUUUGGGGAGAGCUACCGGGUGGGCAGCACGUCGGGGGCCCAUGCCAUCACUGUCUUCUGCUCCUGGGACCACAAGGUGACUCAGAAAUGGGCUUCCCGCCUUCAGCAUGACAACAUCCGAACCCGGCUCAAGGAGCUGCUGGCCGAGUGGCGGCUGCGACGGGCCCCCUCGAGUGUGUGUGGGCGGAUGCGGCAGCUGGCUGUGCUCGGGCUCGUGUGGCUGCUGUGCCUGGCGGUGACACUGGGGAGCACGGUGGCCGUCUACACCUUCUCUGAGUUCAUGAUCAAGAGUCCCGAGUCCACUGAAAGGGAGGGGGCGCUGCUGGCCCUGCCCCUGGUGGUCUGCCUCCUCAACCUGGUGGCCCCCUACCUGUACCGCGGCCUGGCCGCCCUGGAGUGGCACGACUCCCCCGUGCUGGAGGUAUACGUGGCCAUCUGCAGGAACCUCAUCCUCAAGAUGGUCAUCUUGGGGAUUCUUUGCUACCACUGGCUGGGCCGCAGAGUGGGCGCCGUGAAGGACCAGUGCUGGGAGAACUUCGUGGGGCAGGAGCUGUACCGGUUCCUGGUGAUGGACUUCAGCUUCACGCUGCUGGACACGCUCUUUGGGGAGCUGGUGUGGAGGCUCAUCUCUGAGAAGCUCAGGAGGGGGAAGCCUGAGUUUGACAUUGCCCGGAAUGUUCUGGAGCUGAUUUAUGGGCAGACCCUAACCUGGCUGGGGGUCCUCUUCUCACCCCUCCUGCCCGCCUUGCAGAUCAUCAAGUUGGUGCUGCUCUUCUACGUCAAGAAGAUGAGCCUGACGGCCAACUGCCAGGCACCCCGCCGGCCCUGGCUGGCUUCCCAGAUGAACACCGUCUUCAUCUCGCUGCUCUGCUUCCCCUCCUUCCUGGGCGCAGCCAUCUUCCUCUGCUACGCCAUCUGGCAGGUGAAGCCCUCGAGCCUCUGUGGCCCCUUCCGGACCCUGGACACCAUGUACGAGGCAGGCAAGGUGUGGGUGCGCCGCCUGGAGAAGGCGGGCCCCAGGGUCUCCUGGCUGCCCUGGAUCCACCGGAACCUGGUGGAAAACACCUUCCCCAUCUACCUGGUGUCAGCCCUGCUGCUGGCCAUGAUCUACCUCAACAUCCAGGUGGUGAAGGGUCAGCGGAAGGUCAUCUGCCUCCUCAAGGAGCAGAUCAGCAACGAGGGGGAAGACAAAAUCUUCUUAAUCAACAAGCUUCGUUCUGUCUAUGAGAGGAAGGAGAAGAGCAGGAUUGGUAGAACUCAUGAGGACGCGACAUCCCCGGCCGUGCUCACAGACGAUCGGGACACCUGACAGGACAGCGAUGGGCCUGAUGGGCUUAGCCUUCCUGCAUCUGCUCAGCAGCUCGGCCUGUGUCACCCUCGGUUCCCACAGCCCUGCAGGCACAGACGCCGCCCUGGGACUGUGCUGGUCCCCUCUGGGUGAUCCUGCUGGGACAUGGGGAGGGUGAUGAGACCGCAGUCCCAGUGAGGCUAGAGCUGGGCCACCUCCACUGGGCCCUAUUUAUUCUGAUUAAAUGUUUUGCAAAAUGGGCUCGUGUUGGGAGCCUGUGCUCAUGACCUGGGCCUGGUCAGGUGUGCAGAGCCUACCUUGCUGCCCUGGGGACCGGCCGCUGGCCAAGGUCAUGGGAACCUUUGCCUCCUGCACCCCCUUCAGCUCCUUCUGGCUCUUCAAGUCUCCUCUCCUUGCCACGCCAGGGCCCCACAGCCUCUCAUCAAGUGCCCAGGACAGGAGAUGCGGUGUGCGUCUGCAGGUGCCUGGCUGUUUUAAUAGUAUUGACAAAACGGGCUGCAGCGCCGACUGCAGGGCGUCCUCUGCUGGCUGAGCAUCAGAUGGCAGGAUGGACACGUUGCAGCCAGAGCCCAGGGGACCACUCAGGCAGGCAGAACGAGGGACGUGUCCAGGCGACAAAGCCAGUAACAGUGAUGCUUUAGUGGUUAUUGGGGUAGUUGUGUGCAAAUUAGGGAGAGACUGGGAAAUGACAUUUCAUUUGUAAAGUAGCCAUGGGGAGAGGAACGUGCCAGGCAGAGGGGCAGCCAGUACCCAGGCCUGGUCCAGGAGGGGGGUGACCCCAGGUCCCCCGUUUGAGGAGCCUGUGGGAUGCCAAAAGCCUGUGGCUGUGGGGAGGUGGGGACCAGGCUAUCACAGCCCCAGUGUCCAAUGGCCUGGGGGAACAGCCCGGAGCUGGGGGAACGGCCCUGGGUGGGGAAAUGGUCGGGGGAUAGGGCCCGGGAGAGGCAGUGGGAGGGCCAGCUCAGACCCACAGCAGAGAUGCCACUGCCAUCAGCAGUGUCCCAGCUGGGCCCACGCUCAACCCAAACUGUCCCUUUCCGAGGACGGUCCCCUGGGGGUGCUGUUUGGCGACGCCACCCACUGAUGUGGCCCCGGAGGCCCACCGGGCCCGCGUCAACACGACUUCUGUCGGUGGGGGACAACAGCACCCUUGGUACCUGACAGGUCAGGGUCCCUGGGAUCACUGUGGCCGAUCCAGCCAGGUGAUGCUUAGGGACCUCUGCAAGCAGCUGGCACUGAUCCUGGGUGGCAUCUCUGGGCCGUGGCUAUGGGCCAAAGCCAUCCAGAUGCCUUUCUCCAAAUAGCCACGGGUGCACUUUUGGAUGGAUCGACGCUGACUGACCGCCUCAUUUGAUGUGGCGUCACCAUCAGUCACGACCGACCGAGCCCACUUCCCUCGCCUCACACUAACCGUGAGGUCAGGACAAGCGACUACAACACAUGCUCAGAGGCCUGCCCACGAUGCUUUUGCAGGGGUACCACGUGACGGCCAGUUAUUUCCUCAAGCACUAAUCUAGGCGUUGCUGUUUAAGGUCUACCAUCAGGUGACUUUAAGGGGGUUAUCCCCAUGCUGUGCGUCGGCUUCAUCCAGUCACUUGAAAGACUUAAGAGAAAGACUGGGGUUUGCAGGGAAGAAAUUCUGCCUUAAGACCUCAGCCACUCCUGCUUGAGGCUGUGGCCUGCUGGCCUGGCCUGCAGACGUCAGACCUGCCAGCACCACCGCUGUCCGAGCCGCUUCUCUGGAUGUACAGGGCACACACCUCUCUCCCCUCGGUGCUGCUUCUGGUGCAUGUGUGGCCCCGAGACCUCCAGCUGGAAUACCUCACCACGCUCCUUCCGUGAUGGAGCGCGUGUGGGGCUCACUGAGUGAUGGCUGUGGGGUCACAUGGGCCUGGAUUCCGACCCUUAUUAUUUGGUGGCCUUGGGCAUGCUCUGUAACCUCUCCGAUGGAGCAAAUGACACAGCUCCUAUACAGCGCUUAGCACCAUCCCUGGAAGCUUUUCUGAAAACAAAACACAAAAUAAAAAGCUAGCUAUGAUUGCCAAAUGAGACCAACUGCACUCUUGGAAAUUGCUGUAUCCCAUGGACGGGGGCCGACAGUGCUCUCCACCUUGGCUGCUCCAUGGAACCAACCACCGGGAGACUGACAAACUCUGAUGCCUGGGGCCCACUCCCAGAAAUUCUGGCUGAGUUGAUUUGGGAUGUGCCCUAGCACUGGGCUUUUAAAACUUUUCCGGAUAGUUCUGACAUGCAGCCAGGGCUGAGAACCACUGCUCUGUGCUCUGCGUAGCAUCUGAAAUGUCACUUACGCCCGAGGCAGGACUGCACUUAGGGGGUGUGUGGGAACGCUUUGUUUCUGGUCUUCACAGCCACUGGCGAGCCAGACUUGGAGGCCAAGCCUGCUAACACUCGGGAGCAGUCCCGCACCAGCAAGCCUGCGACAGCGUUUCUGCUGCGAGCCCCGAGGGGCAAAGCCGGAGCAUCAUUUGUGCAUCUGCAGUGAUUCCUGCGUAGGUUUCUCUCGAUCCAUCCCAAGUGUACUUACUACUCCUGCAAGAUUCUUCUUGAAAUGCUGUCUCAUCUCCCGUCUUUUCAGCGAACGUGCUUGGCUCUUCGCCAUCUCAGAGCUUGCCUGUCACUAGAAUCAGUGCUCUCCAUCACGAUACCUCUCCCAUGUCACAGCCUUUUCUCUGCACAUCACGCUGCCACCAGUGGGUAGCACCACCUACCCAGCAGCUACUGGCACCUUGCCUUUUGCUUUGCCAUUCUCCAUGGUGUUGCCAGAACAAUUAGAAAGUACAACUCUGAACCCAUUGUUUUCUUCAUUCCAGACACCAAGCCUCCUUUUCACCCGUGACUACCAGUCCCCACUCCUGCCAGUCAUGUGAGACAGUCUCUUUGGAUCUUGGCUUCCUCUGUGUCCCCUCACCUGUCCCUUGCUUUCCUGUUUGUCAAAAUCCAAUCCGACCUCCCAGGCCCAGAGCAAAUGCCACCUCCGCGAGGCAGCCUGCCGCAUCCACUGGGUAUUCCUGAGGCAGUGAGCCUGGUCUUCUGGGGUCGGGUGCUGGCAGUUUGCUCUCCUGUAGCAAUGACACACAGGCACCAGGUGAAUACUUGCUGAAGGUUUGGCUCACAGUGCUGGCAGAGUUGCUGCUCCAGUUCACACCAGUUUAGAAUGUCAAGUGCAUUUUGACUGGCCACGUUCUUCCUCUGGUCUUUCAUUUUUUCUCCUGAUUAGGACCCCAUUCAGUGCUUUUCUUUUCAACUUUCUGGAGUUCGGUUGGAGCCAGGAGUUCACCACCUUGCCUGAGGGGCAACCCGGUCCUAUUGUCUUGAUAAAACGAGGAACUGGCCUACUUAGGUGUGGAGACAAGACACUCACUCUGCUCAUCUCUUGAGCAGGGGGCCAGAGAGGACAUCUUGGUUUGUCUUCAGGAGGCUGUCUUUAUAAUGCUGCUGAAACAAAGCACGACACUGAGCAUAUUUAAGGCCAUGGUAAGUGUCCCAGGGUGGAUCUCAGAAAACCACCAAAGUGUUCUGAUUUUUAAUUGCCACCUGAAACACUGUGGUGACAUGUUGCUGCUUUAUGCAGCUCUGUAAGUUCUAUACUUGUACAAAGUACUAUGUAAAAGUUAGCUGCAGCAAUGAUACAAAAAUAAAGGAACAAAAUGUCUAAGAAACACGUAAGACCUUCAUUACGCUCUUCUCUCCGAAUACUUCUGAUGCCCAAACUGGGUUGUGGGUGAGUGUGAGCAGUGGUGCCUCCCACAUGUGACCGAGUCAGGCGGGCAGCUGCUGGUGGACGGCCCAUAAGCUCUGCUGUACCUCUCGAUGACUAUGAAUAAGAUUUCAACAUUAACUGAAAAACCACCAAAUAAAUAGUAAAAUUACAAGUCAAGGAAUCGAAACUCGGAGUUUAUCUAAUUACAUAAACUCUAACUAAGGAUGUCAUAAAAGAGACAAGAAUUUGUUACAUACAGCAGGACAGUUCUCUUUCCCAAUACAUACAAAGCGAAAAUUGAUAGCCGUCUUUGAAAAAUAAAAAAAACACAUUUAUUUGAACAGCCAAGAAAAAAAUUGCAAUUUAUUAAGAUUCAACAAAGCGUUGUACUUUUGAAAGCAACUUUCGGUGCAUGUUCUUCAACAAUCACAUUCUAUGAGGAAAACAUUAAAAGCCACAAACUUGUUUCUUAAUCUCAGAGUUACAGACAUCUUUAAUUCAAAAUAAAAGGUCAAAAAAAAAAACAACACAAAAAACAAAAACAAACAAACAGAUUCUUUACUUCCAUCCCCAAUUUAAAAGUAUCAGUUUUUCUACAACUCGAUGCUAAAUGGCAGCCUGGGAAGCCGUGUGUCUGGUGCACACACACGCGCACACGCGUACGUAUAUUUGACAUACAUACGCAGGUAUAUAUAUACAUCAAAUAUAGAGAACGCAUGUAAUGGCAAUGAGAUGCGAUUACUCUGAGGAAGGUUGGUUUAGCUGAAUACACUACUAAACUUGAGAAAAAAAGUCUUGAACCCAGUUUGUGCAUAGUUCAUGAUCCUCUAUAAAACCAGCUUUUGUUGAUCUGCAAUUUUGCAGGACCUUCUUUUUUAAAUUUUUUUUUGAGUUUUUUUUUUGUUUUGUUUUGUUUUGAUAAAACCAUUAAAAAGCUAAUUAAAAAAAAUGUAAUGCACAAGUUUCCUGAUCAAGCAGGCAGGGAGCACAAUGUUCAUAUAUUUUUUUAAACAUACUUGAGGGUAUGUUACUCCAUUGUCUUUCUUUCUUGCAAAACAAUCAAAACAUUGAUCAUUUUUAAAACAUAAAGCAAUUUUUAAUAUAUAAAGCACUCUUCAAACAUCUAUUUCUUUUGAGUCCAUUAUUUGGUAAAUAUGUAACUGCUACACAUUAGAGAUUAGGUAUUUUUCUUCUUUGUGUUUUUUUUUCCUCUUUUUUUCUUUCUUUUUUUUUUGUUUGUUUUUUAAUAACAUCUUCAGUGCUAGGAGUUGGGUUACAAAAUACAUGAAAUGGUGUGGAGCUGCCCCUCGGGAACCCUGGCUUUCCUGAGAGCGCUUCCGCAUGUGCAAGACACUGACCACAACGUCUCGUCACCUCGACGAAGGGGGACAAUCGACAGAGUCCACGACGAUGGCCGGAGGGGAAACACUUCAAUCCCAGAGCUCUGAAGGAGCGUUAUCUGCAUUCUGAAAAUAGGUUUCUUUAUGACGGAAGUCUUUUGUUUUCUUUUUCUUUUUUUUAAAUUCCUUUUUAAAAUUUUUUUAUUUUAAAGUCUGAAGGAGAAAAAAAGGUCUGUAAACAGGUGGGAGCCCUCAGCACGGGCUCCUCAGAAAGCAGUCACAACCCACGUCCAAGUGCUUGUUUGUGUUCCUGCCGUGGAACCUUCCAUUCUCUACAAGUAUCUAUGGCCACAGUUCAACAACAGUUUUUUUUUUUCUCUUUAACUUUAUAUUCCAAAUGGAAAAAUGGUGCAAUACUCUGGUAAUAAUUUUCUUGCAUUAGUCCACAAUAAAAAGCUGCUAAGGGUAGGUAUACAUAUUAUUUCUCCAGAGAUAUACACUGUAAUUUUUAAACACAAUAACAGAGUCCUUGAGUAAACAUUUACACAUGAAUUGUCACCGGCCCUGUCCUAUGAAUUCUCUUUAAUGUAUAGGAUUAGCUAAAGGAAGGGCAGGGACACUCAGUGCAAAGUUAGAAGCUAAUAAUAACAAACGUUUGACCAAUGCGCCAAAAAAAAAAAAAAAAAAAAAAAAAA